AUGGCAUCGGUCAGUUUUGGUGACGCUUUGAGCAAUGAGAUAGGGCCCUCUGUUACAGCACCUUAUGGCAGCGUUUUGCACCACAAGGAAAACACAACGAAUGGUCAGUUUGCGUUUACAACCCAAGAAUCAGGAACCUACUUGGCGUGUUUUGAGGCCGAUGGCAAUAGUCAUGGUAACAAAGAUUUUAGCAUCAACCUUGACUGGAAAACCGGAAUCGCAGCCAAGGAUUGGGACUCCAUUGCUAGAAAAGAGAAGAUCGAGGGUGUGGAGCUGGAGCUUAAGAAACUUGAAGGUGCAGUUGAGGCUAUCCAUGAAAAUCUAAUUUACCUCAGAAACAAAGAGGCAGAAAUGAGGAUUGUGAGCGAAAAAACAAACUCGAGAGUGGCAUGGUAUAGUAUAAUGUCGCUGGGGAUAUGCAUUGUGGUCUCUGGUUUACAGAUAUUGUACUUGAAGCAAUACUUUGAAAAGAAGAAGCUUAUUUAGAUCAUGGAUUAGUUUCUUGUUGAAGAAUAUUACUACUAGAACCAAACACUUUCCUCUGUUUUCUUUCUCUUACUCUCUUUGGAACUUGUAGUGUAAAAUUUUGUUCACUUAUUUAACUUGUAAUUUGUCUCUUUCUACAUAGACUU